CACGUCUCCUCCUCACUCACAUGGGAGCUGUGCAAACGUGCUGUCAAGCUGACACAGCACCACUUGAUUCCCGAGGGAGAUGCUCUGUUUAAGAGAACAGGAGAGGAGCUGGACUUGGCCUCCCUGGGCCUGAACUCAGACGACGAGCUGCCGCAGGAGGACGACCAGGAUGACACACCGGUGGAGCAGCGCAGUGUUCACUAUGACUCAUCGCUGCUGGACUCCUCCGAGGACAAGGACGGCCUGCAGGAUUUGGACUUCAGUCUGCUGGACGACGAGAUGAAGCUGAGGGAGGAGAGGAGCAUGGAGAGCGACGGCCAGCUGGAGGAGGGCGAAGGCGACAGCUCCGAGGCCGUCAUCUUGUCCAAACGCUUCGGCGGCUUUCAGAGAGGGCGCCACAGCUACAGGAAGCUGAUUGGCUCGCCCAUGAGGCCACUGCAGAAGCGCUACGGCGGCUUUAUAGGCGUUCGGAAAUCUGCCCGCAAAUGGAACAGUCAGAAACGUGUGAACCAGCUGCUCAGACAGUACCUGGGCAUGAGGAGCAGCCGCAGCGGCAGGUUCAACAGCGCCCCCGUGACUCGAGUCUGGAGGCAAAACAAACUGUGAUCCGGUUCCCCU